AUGCUGAACAGACCCGGUAAGGCGCAUCCGCAAACAAACCAGAAGAAGGAAGAAGCUCAUGAGUCUCGAAUAGGUGACAAGGACAUCGCGGCUUCGGUGGUGCCGGAAUAUGCACAGCCUUGGGACAAGGAGGUUGAGCGGCGGGUCGUCCGCAAGAUCGAUUUCGCAUUGAUCCCGUUGAUGUUUGUCGGGUAUGGACUUGUGUACUAUGAUAAGGCCAUCUUGGGCGGUGCAGCUGUCUUCGGCAUGGUGACGGACCUCGAGCUGAAGGUCGUGACGGACCCGACUUCCAUACCGCCCAAAGUGUCAACGACACGCCUGAGCUGGGCGACUUCGCUGUUCUAUUUCGGCAUGCUCGCUGGAGUCGGUCCCAUGACUUACCUGUUCCAACGGUUCCACGUGGGACGCACGGUCGGUGUUGUUGUGAUCGUAUGGGGUGCGAUCGCCAUGUCGACCGCGGGCGUGACCACUUACAAGGGCUUGUGGGCACAGCGAUUCUUCCUGGGCGUUGCAGAGUCCAUCAUCCCGACCGCCUUCAUGGUCAUAGUGAGUGGGUUCUACACUCAGGCUGAGCAGACCUGGCGCCAAUGUCUUUGGUACUCGGCCACCGGAGCUUGGACCGUCAUUGGCGCCGCCAUCAACUACGGCUUCGCCCAUAUCAGCGGAGGCUCGCUCAAGAAAUGGCAGUAUCUGUAUCUGAUGGUGGGGGCCUUGACCAUCAUAUACGGGUUCAUCUUCCUGUUCUUCCCCAACUCUCCGGCCCAGGCAUGGUGGUUCACGGAGGAAGAGAAGCGAGUCGCCGUCGAACGACUGCGCAUGAGUCAACUGGGCGUGCGGUGCCAGAAGAUCAAAUGGUCCCAGUUCAAAGAGGCCGUGUUCGACUUGAAGGUCUGGCUCAUAGCGAUCAUGAUGGGCGCCGCGUAUUCGGUCAACGGCGCCGUGUCUGGCUUCGGGCCUCUCAUUGUCUCCACCUUCGGCUGGUCGGCCUACGACUCCUUGCUCUGGCAGAUGCCCUUGGGGGGAGUUUGCUUCGUGACCAUCCUGCUCGUUGGCUACCUGAGCCUCAAGGUGCCCAACAUCCGGCUGAUCAUGCUGGUGGCCUGUUGCUUGCCUGUCAUUGCCGGUUGUGCCAUGAUCUGGAAGAGCAGUUGGUUCGAGCACGCCGCCACGCCCAUUGCCGGAUACACCAUCAUCGGCUUCUUCGCUCCGGUGACUAGUCUGACGGUCAGCAUGGGGAUGGCAAAUGUGGCCGGCAACACCAAGAAGAGUUACAUGGCAGCGGCCACUUUCGUGUUCUACACGGUUGGCAACAUCGCUUCCCCCUUCUUCAUCGUGUACGAAACCGUUGGCGAGCACUAUCCGAGGUUGUGGGAGGGCAUCAUCGGCUGUUAUGUCUUGGUGAUCGUUAUUGCGACUGUGCUUUACUUCAUGCUCAGGCUUGAGAACCGGCGCAGAGACCAAAUCAGCUUGGAUGAAAAGGAGGCGGAGCGGGUUGCUUUUGAUGAUUUGACGGAUAAGGAGAACGUGUACUUUCGCUAUGUGUACUGA